AUGCUGUACGAGAUCUUCAACUCCGUGGGGCCAGUGGCGUCGAUCCGCGUCUGCCGCGACAGCGUGACCCGGAAGUCUCUCGGAUACGCGUAUGUCAACUUCCACAGCGUGCAGGACGCCGAGAGGGCGCUCGACACGCUGAAUUACUCCAGCAUCAAGGGCCGUUCGUGCCGCAUCAUGUGGACCCAGCGCGACCCGAGCAUGCGCAAGAGCGGCGCUGGGAACAUCUACGUGAAGAAUUUGGACAAGAACAUCGACAACAAAGCCUUGUACGACACCUUCAGUCUCUUCGGCAACAUCCUGUCUUGCAAAGUGGCGUCCGACCUGUCGGGGAAGUCCCAUGGCUACGGCUUUGUGCACUACGAGACCGAGGAGGCUGCCAAGCAGGCCAUCGAGCGCGUGAACGGCAUGCAGAUUGGCGAGAAGACGGUGGAGGUCACCGCCUUCGAGAAGCGCGGCGAUCGCGUCAGGCCAGAAGUAACCAAUUUCACGAACGUGUAUUGCAAGACCAUGCCUGCCGAGUGGGACGAAGAGAAGAUCAAGGAAGAGUUCGGCAAGUUCGGCACCAUCACGUCCAUGUGCAUCCGGGAGGACAAGAAGGGACGCAAGAUGGCCUUCGUAAAUUUCGAGACCACGGAAUCCGCUCAGGCUGCUGUGGCUGAGCUGCAUGGGAAGGAGGUUCGCAGCGAGGAGCAAAUCGCGAAGCUGAAGGAGGACUUGAAGGAGGAGUUCAAGGAGGACGUGGGCAAGCUCUUCGUCCAGCGUGCUCAGACCAAGCUCGAGCGCUCGGCCGAGCUCCGCGACAAGUUCCCGGCUGCGUCGCGCCCCGACAGCAAGCCGCAGGGCGUGAACCUCUACGUCAAGAACCUCGACGAGGGCACGGACGAGGCCUCCUUGCGUGCCCUCUUCGAGUCCUUCGGCCAGAUCACCUCCGUCGCGGCGCCGCUCGACGACAAGGGCAAGUGCAAGGGCUUUGGCUUCGUCUGCUUCCAGUCCCCGGACGAGGCGACCAAGGCCGUCACGGAGAUGCACUUGAAGGUCGUGAAGGGGAAGCCCCUCUACGUGGGCCUCGCGGAGAAGCGCGAGGCCCGCCAGGAGCGUCUGCGGCAGCGCUACUCACCUGGAGGCGGCGACAAGGGCGGCGCCAAGGGCGGCGCAAAGGGCUUCGGCGGCAAGGGCGGUAUGCAGGGUGGCAUGGGCGGCGGCAUGAUGGGAGGCAUGCAGGGCGGCAUGGGCGGCGGCAUGGGCAUGAUGGGCAAGGGCGGGCAGCAGAUGGGCAUGGGCAUGGGCAUGCCGCAGAUGGGCAUGAUGGGGAUGAUGCCGCAGCAGGCGCAGGCGAUGAUGAUGGCCGGGAAGGGCGGGAUGAUGAACCCCAUGGGCGCCCGCGGCCCGAUGCCCGGCGGCCCGCAGAUGAUGGGCAUGCAGCAGAUGAUGGGCAUGCGCCCGGGCAUGCCCAACAUGAUGAUGGGCGGCAAGGGCGGCAUGCCGCAGAUGGGCAUGACGGGCAUGGGCGGCAUGGGCAUGAUGCCCGGCAUGAUGCCGGGCGCCAUGCGCCCCGGGAUGAUGCCGCAGCAGAUGCCGCGCCCCGCCGCCGCGCCGCCCGCGCAGGCGCAGGGCGGCGCCGGGGGGCCGCUCUCGGCCUCGGCGCUCGCCGCCGCGCCGCCCUCAGUGCAGAAGCAGAUGAUCGGCGAGAAGCUGUUCCCCAUUCGGUACCAGCCGGAGCUGGCGGGGAAGAUCACGGGCAUGAUGCUGGAGAUGGACAACAGCGAGCUCCUGAUCCUCCUGGAGUCCGAGCAGCAGAUGAAGGGCAAGGUCGACGAGGCCCUCCGCGUUCUGGGCAGCAACAAGUAG